AAUAUUCGUAACGAUAGAAAUGAAAAUUCAUUGAAAUUGAUCGGAUAAAACGAUUAUACAAAACGAUUAAACGCUUCGAGGAAAGAAAUAAAGAGAGAGAGAGAAUGAUGCAGCGCAAAUCGAAUAUUAAUCGAUUAAUCGUCAACAAGGGCUUACCUCCAAACCUUAUUGACCAAGAACCUACCUCCCUCCUCCACCUGUCCUCUUCCCUACGAGUUUAAAACUCCUCCUUUUUUUUUAUCGAUCGAUCGAACAAAUCCCGAGCACCGUUCGCAAAUCGUUCGCGGGAUCCAUUUUUCCCGAUUUUCGUGGAGGAUAAUUCGACACUUGCAGGAUGAUAUUGACGGUGGAAAAUUGAUCGACACACUCUCGGGAAGGCGAAAUGGGGCGAAAUUACGUUCGGACGAAAGCGGCGGAAUUUUUACACCAAUUUACAGCCGGGCCCGUUAAUUCCUCGAUUAUUAGGCCGGAAAAUUUCCACCCUACGGGUGGAAAAACGGAAAAUAGAAGCAGGGAUUUCGCACGGCGAAUUAUCGACGAAUCGGCCACGGAUGCAUCCCGAUCGCGACUGAGCUCGAGCGAUCGCGUGGAAAAAAAUUAGCACGAUCUUGUUUCUUCUGCACGUGAGAACGUAUGUAUCGUUUCGAGGCAUGAAACUUUUUUUCCUUUUUUCUUUUUUCUUUUUUACCGCGUAUGUAUACGCGUCCCGUUCGAUGUAUCACUUACCGAGGGGAUUCUAAUUGGAUUCCAAGUGGUUCGGCAAACGUAACGACGAAUCACGCCCGCGAGUCCUGCGCAACGGACGUUGCCGGGGACGUUUCUAGAAAUUCCUUCGCGCUACUAACUCGCCCGUGCGGUUGACAAUGUUGAAACGAAGAAGAAGAACACGUUGCGGCCGAGGAAUGCAAAAUAAAUUGACCGAUUGUUUGGGCGAAAAUUGUUGCGGCGAAUCUCCGCGUAUUGAUUUGAAUAUGAGCCGUGGCGACCGGUUUACAAUAGAAUUCCUGUUCAACAUCUUGGCCAUUUGUUUCGAGCGCGAGAUCGAGAAGGAUUUAUUUACUCAACACCACGUGUGUCGUUUGUCCACGUACGAUUACGUUAUUUAGAUAAAUAAUCGCGUAGUAUCGAUCAUCAUCGAACGAAUAAUUUUUAAACUCUGGAUGGAGCAGCUAUCUUGGAUAUCUCGAUCGUAAUUCAACUCCGAUGCGACGUAAUAAUGCUAUAAUUACUCUUACUUGGAAUUAUCUCUGAUCGAAUCCGCCAUUUAUCGCAAAAUCAAAUUCAUCGUAAUCGGUUUAUCUCCUCGAAUCCGUUAAUUCAAAAGAAGAGAAGAGAAGAGAAAAAAAAAGAAUGGACGGAAGAAUUCGAUCGAAAUAAUAAAUUUUCAUCCCGUGAAAGAUAAGAGAGGAGUGAAAAAAAUUGGAUUGAUGUAAAACUGAUUUUCGAAUAUUUCGCUAUAUUGCGUUCUUUUUUUUAUUUCGAGAAAGAGGAGAAGGGGUGGAUGAUUCGGAAGGGCGCAUCCUCGGACAAACGUCUCGGGCGUGGAAAGUGAAGAAAGGGUAGACAAAACGAUGCAUCCGUGUUUUGCGACUGCGUGGAGGGAGCGCGGAACCUCCGCAAAUCCAAGUUUCGCUUCAGUUUACGGCGCGCUGUCGAUUUCGCCGAAUUGAUAUCUCGUGGUACUUCGAUAAACUGAAACUAUUUCAACCGUGAAUCUACCUCCUCUCUCGAACCACGAAAUUUCUUCUGGAAGGAAACGCGCGUACUUGGCGCGUUUUUGUAACAAUAUGUCGGCGACAGUAGUUUCUCGCGCUUUAUCCUAGCGAAUAAAUUUCCUCGAGGAAAAGUUCUACUUUACACCCGAUCGAUUUAAAUUUAAAUGUAUCUUGUUCCAUCGAGAUCGAGGGGAGGAGUCGUGAGGGAAGUGAAUGGCGCGCGAAUCGUGUGCAUCGUACACUUUGCCAGGCAAAGUACAUGAAGAUCGGUUGAAACGGGAGGAAUUUAAACGCUCGCGUGUACUACUCGCGGCGAGUUGAAAAAGAAAAGGGAUCGUUUCGAAAAGGCGAAACUUCGAGCGGCUCGUCGCGGAGGAGAAGCGAGGAAGGCGGAGUGAAAGAUGGCAGUGAUCCUGAAUGCAACGACCCUUUCGAUCCAAGGAAACGAGGACGAAGAGGACGAUAGUUACGUCCCGUACGACCAACGGCCUGAAACUUACAUAGUACCCGUCGUAUUCUUAUUAAUCUUGGUUGUCGGUGUAAUUGGAAAUGGGAUCCUGGUGUUCACCCUCGUGUGUCACGCCAGUAUGAGAAAUGUGCCGAAUACCUACGUCUUAUCCCUGGCUUUGGGCGAUCUCCUGGUGAUCAUAACGUGUGUACCGUUCACGUCGCUUCUGUACACGAUUGAAUCGUGGCCGUGGGGCCUGGCAGUUUGCAAAUUAUCGGAGUGCGCCAAGGAUAUUUCGAUCGGUGUCUCAGUUUUCACUCUGACCGCGUUAUCAGCCGAGAGGUACUGUGCCAUUGUGAAUCCAAUUCGCCGCCAUGUAGCCGGGCUCAGUGCAAAACCAUUAACGAUAUUAACAGCCUGCCUUAUUUGGGUGCUGGCAAUUGUUUUGGCGAUGCCAGCUGCCUUUUUCUCUUACGUGCCCACCGUACCGUUACAGAGUAAUCAUUCUAUCCUGAUCUGUAGUCCCUUCCCCGAGGAAUUCGGACAGAGCUAUCAGAAGGGAAUGGUGAUGUUCAAGUUCCUCGCUUACUACGCGAUACCUUUGCUAGUGAUAACUGGAUUCUAUCUGGGGAUGGCACGACACCUCGAACUCUCCACCAGGAAUAUGCCAGGCGAAUUGUCCACCGGGUGUCAUCGUAUGGAACAAAUUAAAGCACGUAAGAAGGUCGGCAAGAUGGUGAUAGCAUUCGUAGUUAUCUUCUUUAUUUGCUUCCUGCCACAUCACGUGUUCAUGCUAUGGUUCCACUUUUGCCCAUCGUCGAAGCAAGACUACGACGAUUUCUGGCACGUCUUCAGGAUCCUUGGCUUCUGCCUGAGCUUCAUCAACAGCUGCGUCAAUCCGAUUGCACUUUACUUUAUCAGCGGGACUUUUCGCAAGAGAUUCAACAAAUAUCUUUGUUGUUGUCUACCGAGAAGGAGUCGAAGAAUAUGCCGAACGGAGACGACAGAUAGUUCGGAUAGGAACAGCAAUCGGGGGAUAAAUUUCUCGCAAAGGAGGCGCGUGGGCAGACAGGACACGCUCAACGAAACCAGCUUUGGAUCCACGUUUCGAAGACACACUCAGGAAUUGAACUCGACGGCUCUCUACGAAUUACCGAGCGAAGAGACCACGAGGCCGACUUUUUUGAUCGUGUGUUCUUUUGGUGUGGCAAUACAGGCACCCUGUUUGGUGGAUGGAAACGGCGACACCAAGAAGGCAAAGUCAGUCGAGGAGCCAAAUGCCAGGGAGUAUUUGCAGUUGGCGCUGGCAAGAGUGUUGGAAUUGCAACGAGAGAUCAAAGAGGGAACGUACACGUCGGAUCGUACCAGCGAUCUCGGUGAAUCCAGUAGCGAGGAAGACCUGACAAAGGAAGUUGUUCGAAAAGUAUUCGAGGAACUGCCGGGGACACCCGACACGGUUGGAAAAAUAAUGGAGAGGAUGACUAAGCCGAACAAUUCUCAAUUGGACGCGAUUCAUGGUAAAAGAAUUCAACUGUUGGGUUACGACACCUGUCGUAGAACUGCAAUCGAGUUCAUGAAGAAUGCAGUGCAUCGCGAAACUCGACGCGAUGCAUCAACAAGAUCGUUUCAAUCAGGGUUUCGUCUGGGGACUUACUCGAGGAACGAACCGAGGAUGGCGCAUCGUAGGACCGGUUUGAGGAAGAGUUCGAUCUGCGAUCAAGAGAUUCACGACAGGAUGCUGAGGAGCUUGGAUCUGCACUUGGCCAAUAAACAAAGAGAUUACACGGCCAAGUUGAUGAGACUGGGCAUGUAAGAGGAAUAGGAUUUUCUUCUGCAUCUUGUCGUGUUUUGUUCGAAUCGCGACGAAACUUUUUGAAAUAUUUUUAUCCUCCUCGAUUAAUCUAUUAAUAGUAUAAUUAAGAAUUUUUUCCAAGUUUUCACCAGGAUUUUUGUAUCAACGACGUUUGAUCUAGUCAGGUUUAUAGAGAAUUGUAUCUUAGGAAAUCACUCUAGUCAUGUACACUCUAGUCAAUGUUAAUCGUGAAAGUUGAGACCGUGAAGUCACAGUAUGAAUUAUUUUUCUACGAUAUAUGUAUACAAAAUGUAUGAAUUGUAAAACAGAUGUAGAGCUGAAUUAUGAGAAGAUUAUUUCGUGAAUGAUAAUUUGUGUACUUGAGAAUACAGGUCAUGGCUUCGUCGAGUUUUUGUAAAAAAAAAAAACGUUUAUUUAUAAUGUAUAAUUAAAAAAAAAAAAAAGAAAGAAAGGGAAUAAAACAAGAAAUUUUAAAGAUAUCUACAAUAAGACACUUAAACACAAGUAAAUGCUCUACAAUCUUCCAUUUCGUCUCUCAAGAAAAAUAGAAAAUAGAAAUAAAUGUCAAGAUGUUCGCCAAUGAAUAGACUAGAUGAUUUUUUUUAUUUAUUUCGUGAAAAUCAAAGAGAAACAAUUUCUGUUCUGGGGUAAAAACAUUUUUUUAAUUUUUAUAAAAAAAUAAUUCCCCCCAUUUUCUUUCCUUGUCUCUCUUAUCUUUUCGUAAUAAAUAUAGACCCGUACAGCUUCUUUCUUUUUCAUUCUAAUUCACAUUCUGCAUUCGUGAAUCCUCGAGGAUGUUUUACAGCAAAUGCUCGAAGAUUUCCACGUGAUGCCUAAUGAAAUAUUAUGCUCAUUUAUGCGGUUUAUUAAUAUACAUUUACUAAUAUACAAUCCUAACCGAAACGCAGCAAUCGACGAAAAAACGCGCCUCUCGUAUAAAGCAAUUGCCGACUGUUUCUCGCGUUCUCAUAGUGAAAAAAUACUUUUUUUUUUUUU